GUGCUAUCAGAUCGAUGCAGUAGCAUGUACCAAAUACGUUAUGAAACCCAAUCGAAUCUGGAUUUGCAUCAAAGUAGUGAAUUAAUACUCAGAAAAAUGAGCAACUUGGAAGUGAAGCUGGAGAAACAGGAUUCGCGGACGGAGAAGAAGGAGGCAUUGUUCCGCCGGAUGCCCUCGCUGAGGGACUUGGCAAGUGAAUGUAGCAGCGCUGACGUACAGGACGUUAUUCUACCGUCUGCCAUUGGUCGAGGAUUGUGCCGGGAUGAGCCGCUUACUGACUCUGGGAAGAAGCUCCAGCUGAUGAAAAUGUUGUGUUUGACCGUGCUCCCCGUUUUAGGGGUGUGGUCCUAUAGUGUGUAUAUGUUGUCUGACACCAUCACCAUCAGAAGUGAAAAUGAAAUGACUAGAAAAGCUCUCGAAUUUAGCGUGGAGUUAGGUAAACUUGUGCAUCAUUUACAAAAAGAACGGGACAUGAGUGUUUUAUAUCUGAGUGCAUUGAAACCAGAAACAAAAACGUUUCUUUUGACUGAAUACAUCGAGACAGAUCGAGCAAUCAAUCGUCUGCAAGUCUGGCCCGGGAAUUUGGACAAACUUGAUAGAUUACGUUUCGAAACUAAAACCAACAUGAUUCAAUAUUUGGCCAGAAGACGACAAGCCCUGACGCCUUCCGAUGGGUUCAACAUUCAAGAUGAGAUCAAUUUUUAUACGGAUAUUAUUAAGGUGGUUAUAAAAUGGAUGUAUGACUCCAUCAACGAAACAGAGUUCGCUGUGGUAUGGAAACCUCUAGUUGCCUAUCAGAAGCUGACAAGUGCCAAAGAAGACGUCGGGGUCGAACGAGCGUUGGGAACGGUAUUCUACGCCAAUGGAGGGUUCGAAUCGCAUUCCUUUUUUGAAAUGUAUAAUACCAAAGUUCACAAUUUUAGAGCUUAUUACAAAACAGCUAAGCUCUAUUCAGAGAGAGUGGACAUGAUCUACGCUAGCACCGUCCAGGAAGUAGGAAACAACCUUACAGAAAUUAUUGACCAGUUUCGAUUUGACAUACAACACCACGUGGAGGGGAGCAAUGCUAGCGCCUUUGCUGAUUUGGCCAAGGCCCGGCAUUGGUUUGAUAACAUGACGAUUUAUCUGGACGCCCUUCUGAACAUCCAGCAGGAUUUAGGUUCUGAGAUUUUGGCCAUCUUGGACACUGUGGUUGAAAAUGUGACCAGUAAUCUUACGAUCAGUGCGGCGUUCCUCGUGAUCGUCAUUCUCAUGUGUCCGUUCGUGAUCUGGACGACGGAAAACCUUACCAGUAGCAUCCAGAAGUAUGCUCUCACGCUGGUUGACAAAACAAGAGAACUGACUCGAGAAAAAAGACGUAUUGAUUCUCUCCUUUACCAGCUAGUACCUAAGCCAGUUGCAGAACAACUGAAACAGAGCAAAACCAUCGAAGCCCAAUACUUCAAAUCGGCCACAAUUCUUUUCUCGGACGUAUUUAAGUUUAACAACAUUAUGGACGAAUUCAAAGCUGGGGAUGUCGUUGAGCUCUUGAAUGAGCUUUAUUAUAUCAUAGAUAGUAUCAUCGACACAUACGAUAUAUACAAAGUCAACGCUACCAAUGACGCAUACAUGGUAGCAUCAGGCUUACCAAACAGAAAAAAUGACAUGCACGCGCGGGACAUCGCCAUGUUUGCCCUGAAUCUUCUGACUGUUAUCAAUCAAACAAGGUUUAGUACUUGUAAUGACAAGAUGAUACAGCUCAGAAUUGGAAUCAACACAGGUCCUUGCAUGGCUGGUAUAGUGGGGUCCAUCUUGCCAAGAUACGGAGUCUUUGGAGAAACCUUGGAUAUCGCGUACAUAAUGAAGUCCAGUUGUCACCCAAACAAGAUUCACAUCACCCAAUCAACAUGCAAAGCACUGGAGUCAACGGGAAAGUUCAUCAUGAAGAAACGCGGGACUAUUAGCGCAAUGAAUAAGGGUGACGUCACUGCGUACUGGUUGGUAGGAAUGGUAGAAGAUGGACACACGGCUCCAGGAAAAGAUGACGAGUAUAACUUCUGUGUGGACAACAUUUCCGAGGACAUGCCCGGAGAAAUAGCCCCCAUUGAUCACUACAAACGAGGCCUGGCGAUGCCCAUCGUCAAAAUGCCGGAAAUUAUCAUACCAAGCAAAAAGGACAUGCCACAAGAGAAGCAGCCGCCAACUACAGGGGUCAAGGACAUUCGAAAUGAUUAACUGAUGCUGAGAUGAGGACACUUCAAAACACAUAUUUUAAUGCUUUGUUGUGUUUUUUUAAAUAUAAGAUCUGUAGCUCUACGGGAAAAUUCGGGUUGACAUGUUAGAGCUCAGUGCCUCGCAUGAAAAACUUAACAAUUUAAAGCGCGCAAAAAUUUGCGCUGGACAGCGUGUUAAAAGAAAGUCUGAGACAAAAUUAAGUUGUCAGUAGUUUAUUGUCUGAAAAAUUUAAUUGUUAUUAUUAUUUCCACAGAAUUGAUGUGACAAUAAGGUUAAUCCGUUCAAAACUAGCGCAAGUUUUUGAGCUUCUAAAUUGCAAUUUUUAGCACUGUAUAGCUCAACGGUUGCCCAUUCUCUGACCGGAGCUAUAUUCUUGCCAUAUAUAGUGAUGAAAUUGUUUUUGUAAAUUUCGAUGAUAGACGAUAGGAAGUGUUACAAACAUUUCGAAUUUGACUUUUACAGAAAAAUAUACAACGUGUGUUGAUAGGUUAUUGACUGAGUAUGAGUUUACAUGUGGGCAACGUAAUUAUUAAUUUUUUUAACUUAUAACUAUAGUAAUAAAAAAAAGGAAUCAUGGUC